AUGGACCUCACCAAGGCUGCGCCUACCUCAACGUCGCUAUGCCGCAUCACGGCACGGCGGUCACCGCCAUCGUCACCGGGGAGCACCCGCUCCUACACGUGCGUGGCGGAUGGUCUCAAGCGCGUCUGGAGGGCGCCUGCGUGGCUUUGCGGAGAUGGCAUCGAAGACAGCUGCAACUCCCGGGCUGACUUAGUCGCCCUGUGUAUGCGCUUCUGGGAUAGCGUCGCCGAUGUCGACCCCCCUAUUCGCGGGUGCUCUCAGUAUCCGGUGGCGUGGAUUCACGCGCUCUGCGCGCACCCGACGGCAUGCGAUACACUGGGGGAGUUUACAUUCAAGAUCUUUUACAGCUAUUCGGCAGGCAUCACGCUGUCUCGCUGCCCACAUGCGCGUGGGUGGCUGCUUCGGAUGGGAAAGGUAACCAGGAUGGAGGAUUGUGACUCACGGCUUGCGGGAGAGACCAGGAGGCGGCCGAACUCGGGUUGGGUUUGCUACAAU